AAAAUGACUAGAGAUACCCCACUAUUUUUUUGUAGGCGCUAGUGGAUUUCUCCCCAAAACAUUGUGUUCUCCAUACAGAAAAUACCUAUCAGUAUCACUCUUAUCUUAUCUGCACUCAUUUCCCCAUUUCACAAGCUACUAUUCAUGGUACUACUCACCCUUUCAUGAUUGACUUGAGUGGAAAAUAAGAGAGAAGAAACAAAAAAUGUAGCAUUUUAUCAAGAGCUAAGAAAGUGUGAAAAUUUAAAAUUCCAUGCUUUCGUCAAAAAGCUUAACUACCGUUAAAAGCAUUAUUGGUAACUUUGAAUGAUUAGGCAUGCCUUCUUGAAGUGCAGCACUAUAUAAACUUCAAAGCUUUCAUCAUCUCAGAAGUUUAAACCCUUUUGAGUAUCUUUCAUCCAAAUUCCCUCCUCUAAUUCCUCAUUCUAUCUUUCUGAUUCUUUCCUUGUCUAAUUUGAUUCUAUUCAACUUGAGCUUCUCUUCUCUUCCUUGUUUUUGCUCUUGUCUUUCAAUAUGGACCUGAGCAACAGAAACUGAUCUGUCAAAAGCAGUAUAUGAUAUUCUCAUCUUUGUGAUGCAGCUUGAAAUGGGUAGCAUUCAAAUGUCUCAUUUGAUGCUGUUUUUGGCAAUAGUUUUUCCUGUUCUUGGUGUUUCUGCUGUUAUUGGUGGAGACAAUUCAACAGACUUAUAUUGGCUUCUGAGAAUCAAAUCAGAACUGGUUGAUCCUUUAGGAGUUCUUGAAAGCUGGUCUUCCGGAGCUCGUGUGUGUACCUGGAAUAGAGUUACAUGUUCACUCGAUCAAACUCACGUUGUGGGAUUGAAUCUAUCUAGCUCAGGACUUUCAGGCUCCAUUUCACAUGAGCUUUCGCAUCUUUCUUCACUUGUAACACUUGACUUAUCUUCAAAUUUCCUCACUGGUUUGAUUCCUCCAGAGCUUGGAAAGCUUCAUAAUUUGAGGAUACUGCUUCUGUAUUCAAAUUAUAUAUCUGGUAGGAUCCCCGAAGACUUGUACUCUUUGAAGAAAUUGCAAGUUCUAAGACUGGGAGAUAACAUGUUAUUUGGUGAAAUUACACCAAGUAUUGGCAACUUGACUGAGUUGAGAGUUUUGGCAGUUGCUUUUUGCCAAUUUAAUGGACGCAUUCCAGUUCAGAUUGGUAACUUGAAGCAUCUGUUGUCUCUUGACUUGCAGAAGAAUAGCCUCACAGGCCUCGUACCAGAAGAGAUUCAUGGCUGCGAAGAGCUUCAAUAUUUUUCUGCAUCAAACAACAGGCUUGAAGGAGAUAUCCCUGCUUCAAUAGGGAAGCUUAGAGCACUGCAAAUACUGAAUUUGGCCAAUAACAGCCUUUCUGGUUCGAUUCCUGUUGAGUUAGGUCAGCUCUCCAGCUUGAAGUACUUAAAUUUGCUCGGAAAUAAAUUGAGUGGCCAGAUUCCCCUGGAGCUUAAUCAAUUGGUUCAACUUGAAAAGCUGGACUUGUCAGUAAAUAAUCUCUCAGGACCAAUCAGCCUUUUUAAUACCCAACUAAAGAAUCUUGAAACUUUGGUUCUGUCUUACAAUGAGUUCACAGGCAGCAUUCCAAGCAACUUCUGUUUCAGAAAUUCAAAUUUGCAGCAACUUUUCCUCAAUCAAAACAAUAUGUCAGGCAAGUUCCCUUUAGGGCUGUUAAACUGCUCCUCUCUCCAACAACUAGACCUCUCCGAUAACAACUUUGAAGGAAAGCUGCCAUCAGGCAUUGACAAACUAGAGAAUCUCACAGAUCUUAAGCUUAACAAUAACAGUUUUCGCGGAAAGUUACCUCCUGAAAUUGGCAAUAUGAGUAACUUGGUCACUCUUUACCUGUUUGACAAUAUUAUCAUGGGGAAACUUCCACCAGAAAUCGGCAAGUUGCAGAGGUUAAGUACUAUCUAUCUCUAUGAUAACCAGUUUUCUGGAGCAAUACCAAGAGAGUUAACAAAUUGCACAAGCUUAACAGAAGUUGAUUUCUUUGGAAACCAUUUCACUGGGUCAAUUCCACCAACUAUUGGGAAGCUUAAGAAUCUGAUUAUCCUUCAAUUGAGGCAGAAUGAUUUGUCAGGUCCAAUCCCGCCAAGUUUGGGCUAUUGCAGAAGACUUCAGAUAAUUGCCUUGGCAGAUAACAAGUUCUCUGGUACAUUGCCACCAACAUUCAGAUUCCUCUCAGAAUUGUAUAAAGUUACUCUUUACAAUAACUCCUUUGAAGGUCCUCUUCCUCCAUCUCUCUCCCUUCUUAAAAACCUGCAAAUUAUCAAUUUUUCACACAAUAGGUUUAGUGGAAGCAUUUCUCCUCUCUUGGGUUCAAAUUCUCUGACUGCCUUAGACUUAACCAACAAUAGUUUCUCUGGCCCCAUUCCUGCAAGACUAGCCAUGUCAAGAAAUUUAAGCCGUCUCCGCCUUGCAUAUAAUCAUCUUACUGGCAAUAUUUCUAGUGAGUUUGGUAAACUGACCGAGCUCAGAUUUCUCGAUUUAUCAUUCAACAAUCUCACGGGAGAUGUGGUACCUCAACUUUCAAAUUGUAGGAAACUUGAACAUUUCCUUCUUGGUAAUAACCAAUUGACAGGCAUUAUGCCCUCUUGGUUAGGGAGCCUAGAAGAACUUGGGGAGCUAGAUUUCUCAUCCAAUAACUUCCAUGGAGAGAUACCUGCACAGCUUGGAAACUGCUCAAAAUUACUAAAGCUUUCUCUUCAUAGCAACAAUCUCUCAGGAAGGAUUCCUGAGGAGAUAGGAAAUCUCACUUCUCUCAACGUCUUAAAUCUGCAAGGAAACAAUCUUUCCGGCUCGAUUCCUGGGACAAUUCAGGAGUGCAGAAAGCUCUUUGAACUCAGGCUUUCUGAGAACUUCUUGACAGGUUCUAUACCGCCUGAGGUGGGAAGGCUGACUGAGUUACAAGUGAUCUUGGAUCUCAGUAAGAAUUCUCUUUCUGGUGAAAUUCCAUCUUCUCUUGGAAAUCUAAUGAAACUGGAAAGGUUAAACUUGUCUUUCAAUCACUUUCGAGGAGAAAUACCUUUUUCACUAGCAAAGCUGACAAGCCUCCACAUGCUAAACCUGUCAAAUAAUGAUCUGCAAGGCCAGCUUCCUUCAACCUUUUCCGGAUUCCCACUUAGUUCUUUCGUGGGUAAUGGCAAGCUAUGUGGCCCACCAUUAGAAUCAUGCUCGGAAUCAAGGGGUCAAGAAAGAAAGAGCCUUUCCAGUACUGCUGUUGUGGGUAUUAUAGUGGCCAUUGUCUUUACUUCCACAUUAAUUUGCUUAGUGAUGCUUUACAUGAUGGUAAGAAUCUGGUGCAACUGGAGAAGAAGAGUGUCGAUAUCGAGCUUGGAUAAUGGUGGUGGAAUUGAACAAAGAAGAGAGGAAGAGAAAUGGGUAUACAAAGAAGAGAAGAGAAGGAAUGGUGAAUAUUGGAAAGUAAAUUCCAUGGCAAUGGUUACUUCACAAGACAAGGAAAUUUCAAGAACUUGCAUUUUCCAUCUCAAAGAUACAGAAUCAGUAAGAAAUACAAUGGCUUAAGGAGAUAAUCUUCUUUCCCACUUUAAAGGCGUUUUAGUUUGUACAAUUCUUUCUUUCUUUCUUUUCUUGUUUCUUUCUUUCUGUAGAUGUUGCUCUGCUCUAAGGCUUCAUACUGCAAUAUAGACUGUUAAAUUUUUUAGUUA